CGACAAAAUGAUUCUGAACAUGAGGUCAAGCAUUCAAGAAGUGUUAUAGGAAGUAAACAAUUACCGACUGAAAAGGAAAAGUCGGAAGAGAAUACAAAAGACGAAGACGUCGAAUAUAGUGAAAAUGAAAGUGGAAGCGAAAGUGGACAGAACCACUAUGAUGACUAUUAUGAAGUAGAAAAGAUUUUGCGGGGUCGUUUUAAGAAGGGUGAAUUAGAACCGCAAUACUUGAUCAAGUGGAAGGGUUAUAAAAUUCCUACAUGGGAACCCGAGUCAAACAUGACACCCCAGUUAAGAGAAGAAAUAAGGCAAAAGCCAGUUAAAAUGACGGGGAAAAGAGAAAAUAUUUUACAUACUAAUGAAGUAUGAAGUGUAGAGAAACGCAUUAAUCAAGUUAUUACUGUCCGGAAAGUGAUUUCUUUAUUAUUUGCAAAAGGUGUGUUUUCUUCACAGUGUAGGUUUAUUGAUGGAAACAUAUGUUGGUACAGAGAAUACCCAGCCUAUUUCGACUUGAAGACAUAUACCAGGUUGAAACAGUUUGCUCAUGGAUGAUGCAUGAAUUGCAAAUGUGGAUCUUGGUGUGUCCGAGAGUUGAUGGGGGUGUUGUGUUUAUUUGUAAUAACAAGAAAAAAAGGGUUAUGUUUACGUCGGGGAAGACGGGCCCCUUCCUUGAUAGAGAACUAACUCUAAAAUGCAAUUUGUCAAAACCUC